CCUGCAAAUGUUACUUCAUCAAAUAAUGAAAUAUAUGGAGUAAUACCUUAUAUCGCUCCAGAAAUAUUUGAUGGUAACAAAUUUUCAAAAGAAUCAGAUAUUUAUAGUUUUGGUAUAAUUAUGUGGGAAUUAACGAUAGGUUGUAAACCUUUUGCUGAUUUUGACCAUGACAUUGAUCUUAUUUAUAAAAUUAUUGAUGGAAAACGACCUGAAAUCACAGAUGAUACUCCUAAAUGUUUUAGUAAUUUAAUGAAAAAAUGUUGGGAUUCUGAUCCUUUAAAAAGACCUCGUAUAGAAGAAAUUCGUAAAACCAUUGCUUUAUGGAGAUGUGCAAUAAAAAAUAUUUUACAUUCACAUAUUAAUCAAGCUGUAAAUAUGGAAGAUGAUGAAUUUAAUCAAGCUGAAAAAAUACGAUUGGGAUUAAUAAAGAUAAACAAACUUGAUCCUAGAUUUGCCGUAAACUCUCAUCCUGGAGCUAUUUAUACUAGCAGAUUAUUAAAUCCUUUAAUCUCUGACUCAGAGUCAUUAUCUAUUAGUUUAUCAUCAUCAACUUUUAAUAAGAAACAAGGUAUUAAUUUUUUUAUCUUAUUUAUAAUACUUAACGUUAUAAUUAUUUUUAAGCAUUAAAGUAUAUUUCAAAAGAUCUUGAGUUUGAUAUUAACAAUGUUAAACGGUCAUCUUUAUCAGAAUUAAAUUCUACUACUCAGAAUUCAGUGAAUAAUAUUCAAUGCCCAAAUGCGAUUUAUACUAGUAGACCAUUAAAUGAAAUGUUUCCAAUAAAACAAG